AUGAAAGUAAAGCUUUCAUUGCUGAUAAUUUCGGGGAAAUCAGUGGUUCAAUUUACCGCUUAUAAGAAUUUGGAAAAUGUGGUAUCAAAAUAUGUUUUCAAGCACUUUCAGAACCAAACUGCUCAUGUUGUGUGUGUUUUAAAACCAAGCAAUGAAAAUGAAAAAAUAAUCCACACAGCUUAUAAUAAUAUUUUCGAUGAUAUGGAAAUUGUGUAA